UAGAGAUUGGUGCUGAGAAUGGAGAGAGGAGGAGAAGAAAGGAGGAGAGACGAAAAAUGAGGGGGAGUGAGGGGAGGUCAACAGAAGGAGAGGCAGAUGCUCAUGCCUUGGAUGCCUGUGUGCCAAUAAUUAUCCUGAUGAGGUUUACCAAGCGCGGCGCAGCAUUUCUGCAUCGUGAGUUGUUUCCCACGACAGAGAGGAGGAAAAGAAAGAAGAGAAAAGCAGUGUUCUUGUUAACCAUGGAUAAUCACACUUCCAAUCCAAGAAGAGGUGCUCACAGGCUUCCACCAGACUUUGAGUCAACCUUGGACCUUCUGGAUCCUCAGGACUACCUGACAGAAGAUGAGCCGUUUUACAGCAGCACUUCAGAGCAGAGGGUAGAUGCUGAUGCCUCCAGUGACCCUGUUGAAGGGACAGAUUUUCUUUAUGAGGACUGUGAUGGAAGCAGAUUAGAAGGAUCUGUCAAUCUUACACUCGAGAGCAUCGAUGAAUCUCCUGACAUCCUGUUGGAAGAUGAGGUGGAAGAGUCAGACGAUGACUCAAAUCUCCUGUCCGUCUCUAGUGUGUCACCUGCUGAAAGCGUGAUGCUGGAAGAAGAGCUCCCUCUAGACCAGCUCAAGGACUUCGGCAAUCAAGACAAGAGCGCAACUCCUGAAGGAUGGUCGAGUGAGUGGCACAAGAAACAAAUGGCUUUGAUAAGUAGCGAAAAGUUCAACAGCCUCCUAAAGAUGUUCCCGGAGUUUCACGGCUGCAAGAGCCACAUGGCAGCUUUUGUCUUGACCAAAGAAGUGACUGACGCAGAAGGUUGUCCGUAUCAUCAGUACAAGGUUGUCGCGCUAGGUACUGGUAGUUCCAGCUGUAACAGAUGGCUUUGCUACAAUGGGACGAUGGUCCAUGACUGUCAUGCCAUCGUCGUUGCAAGGCGUGCGUUCCUGAGGUUCCUCUACAAACAGCUCAUGCUGUUCUUUGAUGCUGAUCCAGUGGCGCAGGAGAACUGUGUCUUUGAAAACAGCGAAGACAGCCAUCAGCUACUGCUCAAAGCCAACAUCCGCCUGCAUGUCUAUUCCAAUCACUGUCCAGAAGGAGCUGCUAACAACAUCUUCUUCAAUGACUCAAGCAACGCUUGGGCAGCAGUGAAGCUCCAGUGUCAUACAAAAGGCCUGAUGGUCCCUGUGGCCUACCUUGACCCAAGCUACUCGGGAGCCAAAGUCUGCAGCAUUUCCAGCAGUGACAAGCUGAGUUCCUGGAUCAUUACUGGGGUUCAGGGGGCACUACUGAGCAACUUCAUUCUGCCUGUCUACAUCACCAGCAUGGUCAUAGGUAAGUAAUAUGACAUUUUUGAC